AUGCUGAGGAGCGAUAUCAAGAUUGCGGGAGAAACGAGGGUCAUCAAGCACAGAUGGCGCACGCACGCCAGGGGCUAUCAGCUGACCUCCACGCUGCUGAAGAAGGGCACUGAGACUGCGGCUACCAAGGCAAUAGGCUCUGUGGUGGAUGACCUCGAGGGCGUUGUACAUAUGGCCCGAGAGCAUGUUGAUGACCUCCGAGAACGGGCUACUAAACGUCGCAAGAAGAAACCGGAAGGAGCCGCCACCAGAUCUGCUGCCGCUGCUGCGGUGGCUGCUUCUGCUGCCGAACGAGGUCCAAGGUUAGGAGCCGAUGCACGUCUCGCUCGCUCCGAUCCGCUUGAGGCGCUUCUUUUCAGCGGACCGAGGAGAAGCCCACAACCCACGACGACUCCUCCACGACAACGGCAAACGGCUAUCGACCGGCACCGCGACGGGGUGAAGCAGAUCGUGUUAGAGGAUGAUGUGUUGAAGGAGGAGCUGAGGGAGUUACUGUGUGUCGGAGAACUUGGAGAGGCAGCGGCGACGAAGGCUGCUGUCGAUGCGGAGAACAUUCGCGCACUGGUCGCCUCUAUAGAGACGCUGAAGCUACACUCCCACAGCAACAUCGGCCGCGCUGCCUACAACACCGUCAUUGCCGCAGCUGCUGGAGCGGAGCACACGUGCGAUCCUGAUGACCCUUGCACCCCGGAUGAGCCGUGCGCACCUGCUGAGCCGCAUGGUGCCGUCAGCCUUGCCGCGCGAGCACAGGGUCUCGGUGUGAGAGACGGCACGUUCCGUGCAGCGCGUACCCGGAUGCACAGAACUGACCACACCAUACCUCCACAGGAAGCUUUGGAGAAGGGGAGAUACCUCUGGGCUCCUCGCAAGGAAAGGAGCGACAAGAUGGACGAACGUGUCAUGGAUUUGGCGAGGAGGUUCUGGCACUCUGACGAUAUUCUCGUGCGUCGGGAGACUCCGGGGAACCAGCUUGAAAAGCUUGGUGUCAUCCUCAUCCACAACUUCGCGGUCACGUCGCACUUCAAAGGCGCCGACGAUGGCAUCGGGGGGUUGCUGAAGGCUCUGUCGCGAGAAGCGGAGAAAAGGGGCCAGCGCAUUCACAACACCCAAGCCGCAGCCGACUUCCUCCAAGUUUACGCCGAGGCAAAGGAGGAUGGAGGAGGUCACUUUUCAAGCUGGUUUCCCUACCGGAUCAAGAGGUUCCACAUCAAGCUUCUUGAACACCGAGAGAUCCCUCGCCCGUUCGUAGAUUUGACGGGCAUCUCUGGGAGUUCCAAGCUGUACCAGUUCAUGGGAGCGGGGGUCCAGGAGGAGGAGAGCUCGGCGUAGGCGUAGAGGUGCAGACAGAGAACGGGGUUCCCCUCGUAGGUGGCGAGAAAGAGGUUGUAGCUAACCCGCAGAGAUGGCAGGCGGACGAAUCAACCGUUCUGACGUUUCCGACGUCACGAAGCGAUACAAGCUACGCGUUCGCCAGGCGUCGUGCUACUGCUCGUGUAGUGUUGGAGCUUACGACGACAGCGUCCCGGCCAAGAAGUACGCGGGGAUGGUGGGUAUGGUGAAGGCUGUGUCGGGCAAGCACAAGGUUACUCGGACGUCCUGUGGUGUAGGGGAUUGAGGGGUGUCCGUGGUGCACGUCAUGUUCUCGUGUUUGGCGUCUUGUUCUCUUCCAUAUUCUUUUGUUUCUGUGG